UGUGCGAAAAAUCUUUACGGUUGUUUGGAAAUUUUUUAUUGAAUAAUUGGUAUCUGUGUUAAUAUGUGAUUAAUCUUGAUUUUUGAGGUGUUUUUUUCAUUAAUUUGAAUCUUUAAAUUGUGAUAUGGAAACAGAAUUUUCUGCUAUUUUAACUAAAGGCAAUCAGCUCGUACCUCAUAUGCAAAAUGAAGUUUUGAAUCUCAUUACCUUUUUAAAAGAGAUCGAUUGGACUGAACCAUGGCUAAUUGGUCUAUUAAUCUUCCAUGCUAUCAUUACAAUCUUGACUGUAGUAACACGCCAUCAUGGAAAUUUUCAAGGGGCUUUCUUCUUCUCAUUAUUGCUGCUCGUGUUCUGCUCUUCAAAUAUUAAUGAAUUAGCUGCCAAAAAUUGGAAGUAUUUUGCUCGUCAGCAGUACUUUGACAGUAGUGGCAUGUUUAUUUCAAUCGUAUUUUCAUCACCAAUACUUUUGAAUUGUCUUGUCAUGGUGGUAAGUAAGGGUCAUUGGCUUUGGACAUCCGGUAGUUUAAUGGUGAAAGUAAAACAAGCCCAAUUAAAACAACGGUUAAGAGCUGAAAGCCGCCUUAGAAAACAAAGGAAAAGUUCUGAUUCCUCAAGUCAUGAUAAAGCAGAUUAAUAAAAUGCCAUCAAUAUUUUGUCAUGCAUAGUUAGGUAUUUUGUUACAGUGUCAUGUACCUGGAGAUAUAUAGCCAAUUAUGUGUGAUUCUAGUGAAAAUGUUUGUGAUGUUUGUUUUGUACAAAUUGUACUGUGUUUUGUAAUUAAUACGAAGAGUCAUUAUGUCUGUAAAAAUAAAAAUGUUAUGGAACUUUUUUAUAUUCACAAAAUAUAAAUCCAUUGCAGUGUCGUGAAUGAUGAUAAUAAUGGCUGUAUUUAAGAUCUAAAAUAGUAGUCAUUUUUUUGAAAAUUAUAUGUGUAUUUAAAUUAUAUUAUUAAAAUUUUAAUGGAAGGUCAUGAAUUUCAAAAUAACACUGCCGUAACAUAUUCCCCCCCUCAUGUUAUGAAUGUCAGGCCACAGUAUUUUUUAAUUGCUAUUGCAUGUUUCGAUUUCCUUUUUAUUGGUGUCUAGGUCACAGUAUGUGUUAAAAAUGUAAUGACUUACUUUUAUAAAAUUCAGUUUGUAAUAUUAUUUAUUUUUUACUCAUGCCCAUUCCUACUUUUUAAAAAAAAAAAAAAUUAUUUGUAGAGUGUUGUAGUUUUUUCUCAAUGACAGCAUGUAUGCUGAAGUAUUUUAAUCUAGAAUAUGGAUGAAAAAAAUCAAGUUACUUUGUAGAUCAGCAUUUGUCUAAUUUGUAAUUAAAUUUCUUAAUACAGGAAAAUUUGAUUAAUAUGUACAUUAAUUGUAUGUUUUACUUUGUUUCAGUCCUAUUUGUUAUGAUUCUAUUAGUCAAAAUGUGUUUUGUUUUAAAUUGUCAGAUACAAUCAUGUUUUAUGUGUUAAUGAAUAAAGUAAAGUUUGAUGUAAUAUUUGUUAAGAUGAAAAUGUGCGGUUAACUAGAAUUAAACCUAAAAAUUUGAGAAAAUGAAGGAGAUGCAUCAUUACUGCUUAUUUGCUAAAAUUGUAGCUAAAUUAAUGUUACUCCUUUGACUGCCCUUCAUUUAUUGUGUAUCUGGUAUUCUGUUAUAAUCUCAGUAAGGUGAUACUCAAAGCAUUGACUUUCAUUAUAUUGGAGAUAAAUUUUAAUAGAUUUUGUACUUAACCCUCUGAGUAGCAUUACCGCCUUUAUCUGAUCGUGAUAUUUUUUGUUCCUUGGUAUAUAUUAGCUCAUAAUUUUAAAUAUUUUCCUUUCUUACUUUCUUUAAUGAUGUAAAUAUCAUCUUAAUGAAUAGAAGUUCAUGAGACUAAAAUAAGUAAUUAUAUGCAUUUAACUAGUGAAUGCUGUUUAAAUUCAGGUCUUUUGAGCAGCUUCAAAAAGCUGUGCCAGUCAGAGGGUUAAAGUAAGUUAAGAACACUAAAAUGUGUGUAUCUCCCCCCCCCUCCCUCUUUGUGUUAUGCUUCAGUAUAUUACUUAAUUAUCAUGUAACAAAAUUACGUAAAUUCAUUUUUGCUAUUGAUUUAGUUUUGUAUUUAAUUAACAGUGCUUGAAAUGAUAGAAUCUCUCUUCUUUAGAAAAAAGAGAGAGAGGGAAAAAAUUACUGAUUGUACCAUUGUUGGAUUCCAUUUUAAAUAAAUUAUAAGCUGAGGAAAAAUUUUUCAUUUUUUUCCCCUGUUAAUUUUUUAAGAAGUUGCUACUGCUGCAUUCCAAAACUCCCAACCAUUAUUCAUACUCCAAACAUUACUGAUAAUGCUUAAAUUUUUUCCAUUUUUCAAAAUGAAGUAAAUUUAGAAAUUGCAGUAUGCAACUAAUUAAUCUGUCUUAUACCUAUAAUUGAAUCCAUUUUUAAAUUUCAUAGAUGCUUUAGUGUAUUUUGAAAUCCUUUAAUAUUCUAAGUUUCAGUUUAAUUUUUAAAAAUGAUAAUUUUGUAUUGAUAUAUAUGAGUAUUCCAUUAUAUAUAUAUUUACUGUACAGGUACAGAUGUACAUAAUAAGGCAUUAUAUGUAAAUAAAUCUAUAAAUAUAUUUUUCUUUAUAUACAAAAGUAUCAUAUUAUAUCUUUGUCAAAUAAGUUAAAGCUAUACCAUUAUUUAGAAGUUAAUCUGAUCUUUGUAAGAUUGUUGUGUAUUUUUUAAGUAUGUGUUAUGUAUCUGAUGUUCCUGUAGUAAAACACACCACUUAUUGAAUUAUCUAUCAAGUUUAAAAAUAAAUUUUUUGUUUAUAUAA